UUCGUAAUGAAGAAUCAAACUCAAACUCAACGCGCUUCCACCCCCUUCUGUUUCGUCCCCAUAAAUGUUGCAACAGCCAGCCUAUUGAUCCAUACUAACCCCUUAAACCCACACCUUCCUCCACGAUCGAUCUUCACAUGCCUCACCUCCCAUUCUUUCACUCAAUCCUCCGAGCCAUGGCGUCCAGGUGGCCGCUGGUUCUCUACGCGGCCACUUGGACGCUGUUCCUCACGAUGACCGUGGCCAUGGCGGCCUUCUCUCCCGAGAUGGCUUUUGUCACGGCCAUAUCUCCGUCAUCGGCAUUCUCCAAGUCCUGCGCGGGGGAGGGGUUUGUUAGGAUACCGUUGGAGUACCCGAGAGAGGCAAUGUGUUUUCCGGCUCACAUGGUCCGGCGGUCCGGCUUGGAUUUCUUCGUCCCCACGGUGUUUGCCGCUCUGGUCGUGGCGGGUUCUGCGUUGGUCGUCAGAUCGUUGGCCUUGGGGGUGGGUGGUGGAGGUGGGUGACGCAGAGACCAGGUUGAUCAUCGUCAUGACUUGAUGGUGUUGUAGAAACAUUUCAUGUAAUUCAUUUCACAUCUCUAGCGUUUAUGGUUAACAAAGUGGCCAUGGGUUAUUUUCUUGAAUUACAAACAUUUGAUUGUUAGAGGUUAUUGAACUUUUUAUGAUGGAUUUUAGUGAAAACUAAAUAA